AGCAGCGCUAGCAAUUAGGUGGCAAUGCUUGUAUAAGCGAUGUAUAAGUUCUGAAAUAGGAUUGUAGAGAAAGUGAGGUUAACAUUUGUUGAUAAUGAGUUUAUGGUUUUCGUCGAUAUCUCGUUGUUCGCGUUGUAUCAUAGGAAAGAAAGUGUCUGUAUCGUUUAGAAUAAUGAUAUCUCGAACGAAGACUGAUCAGGUUUUAGAAAAUUUAAAAAGUAAUCCGUAUUUUGAUAAGUAUGCAAAAAAAAUCGCAAAACUUCAACAAAUAAAUCCGGAUUUAUUGAGCGAACGCAUCGAAAAGCAAGAAAAAAAAGUGCAAAAGAAAAAAGAAAAACAAGAACAAGAGUGUAGUAACUAUCGAGCUAAAGCGAAAAACAAAGUAAUACAGCCGUCGGAUACCAAAGAAGCACGUUUAAGCGAUAUAAUGAAUAUGGAUAUGAUACAGGGAAAGACGAAAGAAGAAAUUGAACAAAUUUGGACCGAAUAUCAUAAGCAGAAAGAUUACAUUUGCGCGAUAAUGGAAUGUCAGCAAUACGAAAGGAUAUUCGAUUGCGGAAAGAAAUAUCCUUUGUUUCUGUUACCAUUACCAAGAAAACAGGGCUAUGAAUUCUUUUUAAGUCAGUUCCAAGGGAAUAAAGUUUAUAUGACGUCUCUUUUAUGGUAUCAAACUCACAAGGAGAACGCGCCUGAAUGUUUAACGCUGACGCAUUAUACAGAAUUUAAAGAUAGCAAGGGUAUAGUAUUAAUGCGCGGUGAAUUUGAUUUAAAUUUCUUAAAUUGUCAGGAAGCACAAUGUUUGGCUAACGAACUUCAGUUAUAUUAUACCGGAAAGAGUUCAGAAAGAUUGAAAUUAUUGGAAACAUUUAAUAAUGCACCUAAUGACUUCAAAUAUAACGAUCUUAUCGGUCAAUUAGAAAAAAUUUCUUUUGUAACGUAAUCAUAUACACAGUAUAUAACACAAGAGUAGUAAUUUUAUGUAUUUUUAUUCGAGCAAACAUAUAAAACGUAUUAAAUAUUGUUUGACGAAUCGAGGAAAUAUCGAACAGAAAUGUUUCUUUGUUGGACUAUAUAGAAAGGUCAUGUUUUAAGUCAUAUACAUUUAUUAUAUAUCGUUGGUAAAUAUUGAUGGGUUCGAAGAAGA